GCCGGCCUCGCGCGGGCGCCGCGCACCUGGGGGCGGAGCCUGGCUCCUCAAUCAGCCCGCCCGCCCGCCCCCGGCCGGUGGCGAAGCCCCUACCCCGCGCCCUCCCGCCGCGCUGCGGACGCGCGCAGGUGCGGGAGGCCGCCCGGCCCGGAGCCCUGCAGACCCGCCCGCCAUGGAGCACAUCCGCACGCCCAAGGUCGAAAACGUGCGCUUGGUGGAUCGAAUAUCUUCUAAAAAAGCAGCCCUGGGGACUUUAUAUUUGACAGCUACUCAUGUCAUAUUCGUGGAAAACGCACCUGACACAAGAAAAGAAACAUGGAUCCUUCACAGUCAGAUUUCCACCAUAGAAAAACAGGCAACAACCGCUACUGGGUGCCCUCUGCUUAUUCGCUGCAAGAACUUUCAGCUGUUGCAACUCAUCAUCCCACAGGAAAGAGAUUGCCACGAUGUGUACAUCUCUCUGAUACGCCUUGCAAGGCCAGUGAAAUAUGAGGAGUUAUACUGCUUUUCAUUCAACCCCAAGCUGGAUAAAGAAGAAAGAGAGCAAGGCUGGAUGCUGAUCGAUCUCAGUGAAGAGUACAAACGAAUGGGCCUCCCUGAUGAUUAUUGGCAGCUCAGCGAUGUGAAUAGAGACUACAGAGUUUGUGAUUCUUACCCUACUGAACUGUAUGUUCCCAAAUCGGCCACCGCACACAUCAUAGUGGGGAGUUCCAAAUUCCGGAGCAGACGGCGAUUUCCUGCCCUUUCUUACUACUAUAAAGAUAACCACGCCUCCAUCUGCCGGAGCAGCCAGCCCCUGUCCGGCUUCAGUGCCCGGUGUCUGGAAGAUGAGCAGAUGCUUCAGGCCAUCAGGAAAGCCAAUCCAGGGAGCGACUUCAUUUACGUCGUCGACACACGGCCUAAACUUAAUGCAAUGGCAAAUCGUGCUGCAGGGAAAGGCUAUGAGAAUGAAGACAAUUAUUCCAAUAUCAAGUUUCAGUUUAUCGGGAUAGAGAACAUCCAUGUCAUGAGGAACAGUCUGCAAAAAAUGCUGGAAGUGUGUGAACUUAAAUCUCCCUCCAUGAGUGACUUUCUGUGGGGACUGGAGAACUCUGGCUGGUUAAGGCACAUCAAGGCCAUCAUGGAUGCAGGAAUCUUCAUUGCAAAGGCAGUUUCAGAGGAAGCGGCAAGUGUGCUCGUUCACUGUUCCGAUGGCUGGGACAGGACUGCUCAGGUGUGCUCGGUGGCCAGCCUCCUGCUGGAUCCGCACUACCGGACUCUGAAGGGAUUCAUGGUAUUAAUUGAAAAGGACUGGAUUUCCUUUGGUCAUAAGUUUAAUCACAGAUAUGGCAAUCUAGAUGGUGACCCAAAAGAAAUCUCUCCAAUUAUCGACCAGUUCAUUGAGUGUGUCUGGCAGUUAAUGGAACAGUUUCCUUGUGCCUUUGAGUUCAAUGAGAGGUUUCUGAUUCACAUUCAACAUCACAUUUAUUCCUGCCAGUUUGGAAACUUCCUAUGUAAUAGCCAAAAGGAGAGACAAGAACUCAAAAUUCAAGAAAGAACGUACUCUUUAUGGGCUCACCUAUGGAAGAAUCGGGCCGACUACAUGAAUCCUCUAUUUAGAGCUGACCACAGUCAGACCCAGGGAAUCCUUCGUCUGCCCACGACGCCAUGCAACUUCAUGUACAAGUUUUGGAGUGGAAUGUAUAACCGCUUUGAAAAGGGACUGCAGCCCCGGCAGUCAGUGACGGAUUACCUCAUGGCAGUGAAGGAGGAAACCCAGCAGCUGGAGGAAGAACUAGAGGCCCUGGAAGAAAGGCUGGAAAAAAUUCAAAAAGUCCAGUUAAAUCGCACUAAAGUGAAGAGUAAGCAAAGUGAACCCAGCAAGCACUCAGGGUUUUCUACCUCAGACAACAGCACAGCCAACACUCCCCAGGAUUACAGUGGGAAUAUGCAGUCAUUUCUAUCCAGGAGCCCUUCACAAGGCGAUGAAGAUUCUGCUCUGAUUCUAACCCAAGACAAUUUGAAAAGCUCAGAUCCAGAUCUGUCAGCCAACAGUGACCAAGAGUCCGGGGUGGAGGAUUUGAGCUGUCGGUCUCCGAGUGGAGGGGAGUGUGUACCAAGUGAGGACAGUGGCAAGGACCGGGAUUCUGAUGAAGCCGUGUUUCUCACUGCCUGAAGUUUCCUUUUAGAGUUCCAAACUAAAGGGCACACAGAAACACUUUCCAAAAAUAAGGGAACAGUGCAAUUUAAAAUAACAAGAAAUGGUAUGUGUCGAGAAUUAUAACAUCUACCAAUGAAAAGGGAGAAAACGGCCAACGUAGAUGUUGAAGAACAGGAAGUAGCCAUUUCUUUUACCAAAUAAAUGUAAGGAAAAUUAUUCCCCAUUUCAAAAAUCAUUCUAGAUUAUAGAAGUUUUAUUCACUACAGAGCAAUGACCCCUACCAUCACCUGAGGUUACUGAGAUAAAUCUUCCUUGUCAUAGCAUGCAUCUGCUCAAAAAAGUGCCCUGACCCCUUUCCCUCGCACCUAUUAUCAUCUUCAAUCUUUUCCCUUAUUUCACUUCCAGAUGCAUAUUUUGUUUUCUAAAGCUAAACAUUUGAUGUUACCUUCCCGCCUGACUGUUAUCAAUAUUUCUAAUAACAGAGCACACUGUUGACAUGCACCCUUUUUGGUUAAUAGACAUAUUUCUGUAACUGAGGAGCUUUGUAAUUGAUUAAGCUUAUCUUUCAGGUUAAUUUUCCCUUAGAUAAUCUGAAUUGUUAUAAUAAUUUUGUUGCCUUUUCUUUGAAUCUCUUCUCAUCAUUUAAAAAAGCUAAAACUUAUAACUCACUUUUUCUCUAACACGGGUCUAAUACCUAAUAAAGUAGAAGCAACAUUUACUCUCUGGUUCUUAAAUAUGAGUUCAGAUCAUAUUAGCUUUUUAAAUAACAACCCUUUGUUACUAUUCUGGAGACGACAUUACCAAGAUAGUGUGGGCCAAUCGCCAGCCUGAUCCCUGAAGUAUAACAAUGUAAAGUUAAGUAGGCUAAUAUUUCAGUGAGGGAAAAUCCCAGUUCAGAGCUAGAGAAUUUGGUUGUUAUGUCUAUUUAACUAGUGGAAUAAGUUUUCUCACCUAUCAUUUUAGAAGUUGUAUAACUGGUUAAUAUGGUUUAAUUAACAUUAGUAACAUCUGAUGACCACUGACUGCUGAAAGUUCUGAAGAGUUUUUAUGUUUUGCUAAGAUACAUAUCUGAAGCAGAAUCAGUCCCUUGUCUUUUGAUUAAAAAACAGGACUUAACUAGGUGACCUAACCUUUUGAUCUGAAGAAACUUAGUGGAGAAAAGUUGCCAUGUUUGGACAGAGAUAAGUAAUAUUCACACUGUGUGGUUUUAAAUUAUUAGUACAUUCUAGAAUGUAAAGGGAUUAAGUUAAACUUUGCCUCAUCAAUAUUUUGAACACGUGAAAUUUUUAAAUAGGAUAACGUAUUAAAUUUUGCUGAAAUGGGAACAGAGUAAAGAGUGAUGGCAUCAAGAUGGCAACAUAGGUGGUUCCUCACUUCGCUCCCCUACAAAAACAACAACAAACAACAGUUCAUGGACAGGACACCACUGAGAGAAUCCUAGAACUUGGGAGUGAGGCUGAGGUGCCACCUCACACCAGAGACCAAGAUGGACUCCAUUAGAAGGGUAAGAGGAAUGGCUACAUGCUGCCUGCAUAGCUCCUUCUGCAGGCUGGUAUAGCACCAUACCCAGAGGUCUCCCCUGAGCCCACAGUUCCUUCAGUGGGAAGAGAGCACCCAGGGGUGACAUCCAGUACCCCAGCACUGUGGGUCACUUUGUGGGAACCCCUACUCUGGUUUCACCCCAUGGGGAUUGCAGGGGAAUCUGUGGGGCUCAAACACUGGGAGUCUAAUUGAGAUGGAGAAGGUGAGAGGGGCUUCCAACGACUGGUACUUGGGUCUUGGCAAACUGAGUGCCUACCCGCAGAGCCCAAGUAGUAGUCCUAACCAGUGGCUUUAUUCAUCUGCUGAGUCAGAUCUUUGGUGCAGUCUGACCAGGGAAUUCAGCAGGGUGCAGGUCUGCCAAAUUGGGUCAGGGUCCCUAAAAGAGGAGUACUGUCAGCUAUGGAGGCUGGUCUGCUGGUACCCAUGCAGAAGAGUUGAGCCAUAGCCCUACCUGCUGUGGAUUUCAGCUCCUGGCCCCUCUUGAUCUGUUUGGGAAAAUGUGGGAAUUGCCUAAAGUGGGGCCUCCCAGUCCUGCCCAGGCAGGAGCCAAAGACACAGCCACACUCACUGCAGAGCAUAGCCCCCAUUCCCAUCUGAUGGGAAGGGUUGGCAAGAACACCUGGAAGCUGUAUAAUCUACAAACUCUUGAGCUGAGAGGUGAGGGGGCAAAGCUCAUCACCUGCAGAACAAAGCCAGUGGCCCUGUUUGGCCAGAGAACUUGGGACAUGGGUUGGCUUGAGCCAAAACCACAAAGAGCAUUAGUGGCCUUCAAGCUGCUCUCCUGCUGUGCCAGAGCAGAGAAACUAAUUUAUAGCCCCACUUAUUGCCGCAUACAGCCUUCAGGCUGCCUGACCAGGGAACCUUACCAGAGCUCAUGGGAAGUUGCAUAGCCCAUCCAACAACACUAUUUUCCAUGGUACUUUAACAGAAGGCACAUCCUGUGGCUUUCUCUGUCUGCAGAGCAAAGCUGGUGGCCUCACCUGACCAGGAUAUUCAGUGCACACUUGCCUGAUUUGGGUCCCCAGGCAGCAAGCCUUCCAGGCCCUGGGUCCUGUCCUGCUGCCCUAUCAAGCAGGGUAGCAAAUUCAUAGCUCCACCUACUGCAUAGUCCUGACCAUCUGAUAAGCCUGACCAGAGAAUCCAGGCAACUGCGAAGCCCAUCCUACAUCUUCACUUGUGCAGGGAAACAAGCCAGCAGUCCUAUCCAGCUGUCAAGCUGUUCUCAACCAAUGGCACAUCCUCCUACCACUAACCUCAGAGCUCAAAUAGUUGCCUUACCCCAAAAGAGACCCUAAAAGCAUGCUCCACUUACCCAAAGAC